AGCGUGUCUUGCCUUGUACCCCACUGUCUAAGGACGUAAGAAAGGCACGCGACCGAUGUGAAAACAGGGUUUUUAAUUUUUUUUUGCAUGAUUAAAGGCAAUAAUAAAGCUCAUUAUCCGGACUGUGAGUAGUCAGGGAGUGAACGCUAUUGGCAAGUUCAUUUCGAAGAGCUAGAAGAAAGAAAACGGCCUCGUCUUUCCUUCAAGUGCAAAGUGCAAGUAGUGCUGUUUUACUGAACAGAGAGAGAGAGAGAGAGAGAGAGAGCGCGAGAGCCGUGCUGCUAAACCGACCUGGAAGUUUCUACAUGGUAGAUCAUAUAGUCUGUGAUCUGCGUCUCUUCUGCUAGGUUUGGGUUCCUAUCAGCCACGAUGCUACCUGAUAAAGUUCCCGAGGAAGAGACGCUGCACGCCCCCGAGGAGCUGAGGAAGCACGCCCAUGUCUCCAGCUUCGAGACAUACACUGAGCUCUACAACAAAUCCGUCGACUCUCCAGAGGAGUUCUGGGGAGAUGUUGCCAAAGAUUUUUUCUGGAAGACCAAACAUACUGGCAAGUUCCUGGACUACAACUUUGACGUGACUCAGGGGGAAAUUUACAUCAAGUGCAUGGAAGGAGCCACCACAAACAUCUGCUACAACGUCCUGGACCGCAAUAUCCAUGAGAGGAAGCUGGGAGACAAAGUGGCUUUUUACUGGGAGGGCAAUGAGCCAGGAGUCGAUAAGAUUGUGACUUACAAAGAACUACUACAGCAAGUGUGCAAGUUUGCCAAUGUUCUUAAGUCCCAAGGAGUGAAGAAGGGGGAUCGCGUCUCCAUCUACAUGCCGAUGGUAGUCGAACUGGUGGUGGCCAUGUUGGCUUGUGCCCGGAUCGGAGCCGUGCAUUCGAUUGUGUUUGCAGGCUUUUCAGCCGAAUCUCUCUGUGAAAGAAUUCUGGACUCUCAGUGUUGUAUGCUGAUUACGGCCGAUGGCUUUUACAGAGGUGAUAAGCUCAUAAAUCUGAAGGUUAUUGGCGAUGAAGCUCUACAGAAAUGUCGAGACAAGUCUUUUCCUGUAGAGCGGUGCAUUGUCUUGAAACACUUAUCAAAGGAUGAACCGGAGACCUCUUCACCAGGCUCCAUGUCACCUCCAGCAAAACGAGCUUGCCCUGACCUGCAGCAGAAGAAUCAGAAAGAAAAAGUAAGGAAGGUUCGUCCGAUCCCCAAGGUACCCUGGAACCCAGAGGUGGAUGUAUGCUGGCACUCUCUGAUGGAUGGUGCAUCGGAUGAGUGUGAGCCAGUGUGGUGUGAAUCCGAGGACCCCCUCUUCAUCCUUUACACCAGCGGUUCCACUGGCAAACCAAAGGGUGUGUUGCACACUGUCAGUGGUUACAUGCUAUAUACUGCCUUAACAUUCAAGAUGGUGUUUGACUACCACCCUGAUGACAUUUACUGGUGUACAGCAGAUAUUGGCUGGAUUACAGGUCAUUCCUACAUCACCUAUGGUCCACUGGCUAAUGGGGCCACCAGCGUUCUGUUUGAAGGCCUGCCCACCUAUCCUGAUGUUAGCAGAAUAUGGGAGAUAGUGGAUAAAUACAACAUCUCCAAGUUUUACACAGCACCCACAGCCAUCAGACUCCUCAUGAAGUACGGCAGCGAGCCAGUCCACAAGUAUACGCGGAGCUCUCUGAAGAUCUUGGGUACAGUGGGGGAACCUAUAAACCCAGAGGCCUGGCAAUGGUAUUACAAUGUAGUUGGGGAGAAGCGAUGCCCUAUUGUGGACACCUUCUGGCAGACUGAGACAGGAGGACACGUAUUAACACCUCUUCCAGCUGCCACUCCUCUGAAACCAGGAUCUGCAACGUUUCCAUUUUUUGGAGUCGUUCCUGCCAUACUGAAUGAGUCAGGAGAGGAACUUGAGGGACCAAAUGAAGGUUACCUGGUAUUUAAGCAGCCCUGGCCUGGAACGAUGAGGACUGUGUACAGGAACCACCAGAGAUUUGAGACUACCUACUUUAAGAAAUUUCCUGGCUAUUAUGUAACUGGAGAUGGUUGCCGCAGGGAUAAGGACGGGUACUACUGGAUCACAGGGAGAAUUGAUGACAUGCUUAAUGUUUCUGGUCAUUUAUUGAGCACUGCAGAGGUGGAGUCUGCUUUGGUGGAGCACGAGGCCGUUGCUGAGGCAGCUGUUGUAGGAACACCGCACCCUGUUAAAGGGGAAAGCCUGUAUUGCUUUGUCACACUCAAUGAUGGCAUCAACUAUACUGCCACCCUGGAGGCUGAACUCAAGAAACAAGUGAGAGAGAAGAUCGGUGCCAUAGCUACGCCUGAUUACAUACAGAAUGCACCGGGGCUUCCCAAAACCAGAUCAGGUAAAAUCAUGCGGCGUGUACUAAGGAAGAUAGCGUCCAACCAGCAGGAUUUAGGAGACGUGUCCACGCUAGCAGACAGUUCCAUUGUUGAGCAGCUGUUUGAGAACCGCUGCUGUACGGCUGUGUGAACAUUAGGAGACUCUAUUAAAACCACUUUACUUCAGGGCAUCUGGAUAAAAUGAAAUGUUUAGCAAUCUUAGCAGAAGGUCACCAGAAGAAAAGACGUAUAAAAUAUACUCCAAUUUUGUAAUCUCUAAGAACUGAGAAGUGUUUUUACUGGACCUGUUUGUAUAUUUGUUUAAUAAUAACCCUUUUUCCCUUGAUUUUUUUUUUCCAUUAAGUAAAAUUUGUUCUUACAUUGUAUUUUUCAAAUAUUUUAAGCACAUCCAGGAAUUGAGUACUAUUUAUUUCAUUUACUCGAUCAUAAGUAGUUUUAUAUGACAGAAAUUUUCAUGUGCCAAGGUUAAAAAUCAUGUACUCGAUCCCAAACAUUACUUUUUUUAUUCUUUCUGGCACUUAAAAGCCAACGGUCUCUUUUUUUGUUGUUGUUGCAAGACUAAUGUAGCAAACCCAGAUUUCUGUUUGGUAGGAUUUCAGUGUCGCAAAUCUCAAUCUGUACAAACAUUUUAUGUCUGCUUUAGGCUUUGAUCAUAAAGUCACCUAGAUAUCACAUGAAAAGUGUAUAAAUAUUUGCAGUCAUCUAUACAUGUUCUACCAUAAGUUUGUAAUUGUCUUUAAAAGAGGUAGGACAUGGUUCUCCUUAAACUGAACUGAGAAAAUAUUUAGUACCAAAAUGCUGUGAUCCAGUAAAUAAUCUUUAACUCAUCCAGUAGUGAUUAUUUCUGGAACUGUGUUCUCUGCAGACCAUCCAGAUAUUCCAUAUUUGCCUUUUCCUACUUGAGGAAGGUGCUGUGAUCUCAUGGAGCAACAUGGAUAAGAUGCCAAUUUGUAAAUUUUACAGAUUGUUAAAGUCUAGACAGUGAGCUUAUGAUGUGACUGAUGCACUGUCUGACACCCAGGCAUUUCCAGGAUAUACCUAACAUUAUUAGGUUUUUGAAUGAAAGACAAUUCUGAAUGUUGUUUUGUAUUUCAUAUCUUUAUUCAGAUUGGGAUCGGUUAUUGUGACUAGUUGUAGUGAUCUUAUUUCAGCAACUCCCAGGUAAUGGUCUGAUUUGUGUUCUCUUACCAGAAUAAAACCUCUUUAAUGUACUUUUAUCUUGUAA